CCCACCCCCCUCUGCCCUAUCUCAGGCAUUAACAUGCAAAAAAAACAACAUAAGUCACGGAAAACCAAAUCGUGCCAAAAUAAGGAAUCCACAAACAGUUUGGGAAUUAACGGUGACUGAUGCGUCGGGCCCGUGCAGGCGUGCUGACCUGGCGAUGGGCAGAAGUUUGGCAACAGGAGGGGACAACAAUGGAAAAGUUGUGUUUGUGAACAGGUUGGGAACGUUUUGGCCAAAAAGAAAAACUUGUGGCGCUUUCUUUGCGCGGAUGCGUUUCGUGGAUCGACAGCAUGUAAGUUUUGAUAACAGAGGAGCACUCACCUACUUACUAUAACACGUUAAUGCCUAAUCUUUACUGUUUGAGGCUUUGCCAACAAAUUAAAAAAAAGAGUGAUUCUUGGGUUUUCAUGCCUUUAGGCUGCGAAGGGGGGGAAAUGGACCACAAUUCAAAAAGGUGCUUGGAUCUGUGAUACCCGUGAGGUUAAAAAUGUGUGUGCAUGAAAUCUAACAAAGAAAGACAUGGCAGAAAGAGAGAAGAAGAAUGCGAAUCGCAGCGUCUCUUUCAGAAAGUUGGGGUCUUGGAGCAACAGGAGUGAAGACCAACAACACAAAUCAGAGGAUUUGGAGGCAGCUGGCGUCGCCCUUCCCCCGGAGCCCAGCAAAGCAGAACAGCCCUUGGCGACGCGUAAUGUCAGUGUGUCAAGAAAAGUUUCCAAAAUCUCUGCCACCACCACCACCACCACCACCACCACCGCCGGCCUCCCAACCGCAGAUUCAAAGAGAGGCUCCUCCACUCCUCUCUCCUCUAUUUCUCCAUCCAUCCGCCAGCUCACUGAGAAGUUUAGCAGCAGCAGCAGCAGCAGUAACAACAACAACAGCAGCGGUGGCUCCGACAGGACGCAUAGAGCCUCGCCGGGAGACGGUGCACCAGUGACGCGGGGGAGCAGCACUCUUCCCCGGGCCAGAAGCUCCAGGAGAGAAGGGUCGCCUUCUCGUAAAUCAUUUCAUGAGGACAGCGGUGGUGGAUAUUUCCAGGAUAGUAAUACUACUACUGCAGAGUCUCUCACGGACAAAGUGCAAAAGUUUCACUCUGGCACUGACUCUGUGUCCGGGUCCGACUCGGAGAAGAGAAGUGAAAGGCGGAUUUUUGCACAGUUAGCCGACAGCAGCAACUCUGGUAAGAGAGAUUACUCGCAGAUCAAUGCAUGUACCUCUGAUCCCAAAAAGACUUUGACUACAGAUGAGGAAGAGGAUGUUACUAGUAGAGGGGUUCCUCCGCCCUGUAAAUCUCACAGAAGUUAUAUCUCCCCACACCACAGUGACUUUGUUCCCCCGCACUCUGACAAGUGGCCCAGCGUUACCAAAAUUAGACAAAUUUUUGAUGAGAGACAAAGCAAAGCUACACAGCAGCACAAGACUGACACUUAUGAGAAUUUAAAACAGGUCGGAAGAGGUCAUCCAGACCAGCUCAGCCCCUGUGAGAGUGCCCCUCUGUCGGAUAGAAGUGACAAGCUUGCACCUUGCAGCUCUGUUACUGAAGCCAGAAACCUUCCUUUGCAGGAGAGAUGCAUAGUUGGAGCACAAAGCAGAGAAAGUGGUACUGCUAAAGAGACAUUUUAUUAUGGUAUGGACUUUAAUUCCAAAGCUGACCACCAGCAGUACUCAAAUGAUGAGGAGGCAGACACAGAGUCACUCAGUUUGAGUAACAACAAAGUUUCUGGCAGAAAUACUUUUCAAAGCAGCAGUAGCAUUCAAAGUUGUACUCGGGGUAGUCACUACCAUAGGAUUAACUCAUCUCCAUACAGAUCUCACUGUCCCAGCACUGAGGCAGAGGCUGCCUGUAAGACCCCCAGGACGACAGGGUUGACAUCUGACCCCAACCCUGACCUUCAGCCCCCUGCUACUUCUUCUUUGAGCAGUUCGUUGAGCCUAGACACCUCCUCCUGCUCCUCCUCUCUUCAGCAGCCGACAGUGAGGGAGAGAAGGGAUAGACAGGGGGUCGGGCUGCCCAGGGAUAGUUUACAUUCCUCACAUAGCUCCUCUAGAGUGCAGGCCCCCACCUCCUCCUCCCCCUUCUCUGCUCCAGCUCCAGAUAAAGCCAUUACCUCCUCCUCCUCUACUGUAGCUCCCUCCACUGAGCUAAGAGCCCCGGCAAGAGUUGCCUCUUCCGUCAGUUCCCGAUGGAGGUUUAGCUCUGGAGACGAAGAGGAGGAGCACAUCAGGAGAAGAAGAGGAGGUGGAGGAGGGGGUUGGAGUGUUCCCUCUGGCCCUGCUUCUUCCAUCUCCUACAGAGGAGGAGAGAGGGGUGUCACAGAGCGAGGAGGCAGUUAUUUAUCACGCAGUAAAAAUGGCUGGUGGGGUGCUAAGGGCAUUGGCAGGUCUUCAGGCAGUGAGGAGGACAGUCCUGGUUAUUUAGGGCCCCCCAGUCGAGAGGCAGUGCGCCGCCGCUCGCUAAGAAAGAAGAAGAAGGUCAGUGGUGUUGCUCUAGCAACAGGCCGUGAUGAUUACGAUGAUCAUGAUGGCGAAUCAGAAGACAGUGACAGUGAUACGGCCUUGACCAUGGAGCACUUAGACAGGCACCACCAGCAGAACACGGGAGGAGAAUUUGUAGGUACAGCAUCUCGGAGCCAUUCAGCAAGAGAACCCAGCAGUCAUAGAGCCAGGGUGCAGCAAUGGGAGCGCAUCUCCUCACCUGUGGCGUCCACGACACUUCCUGGUGUAUCACGUGUGUCAAAAGUUAACAUCCCCCCUUUUGUUUCCAGUCCUGGUGGUUCCCGUUGUAGCAGCCGAUACUCCAGCACUGAGACACUGAAGGAGGAGGACCAGACUGGCUGUGGCAACCGUUCAGCAAAUGUGUUUUUCAACACUAGCGGAGCGGGAGGCAGCACCGGCAGAAAUGCAUCCUCGUCCAUGCUGAGUAAAACAUACCAUGGUAAUUUUACCAUGUACCGCUCCCCUAGCUUUGGUCAUGGAGACAACUUCUCCCGUAACCCUGUGCGGGUGCGCCCCAGGAUUGUUCCCGCAGUUACUUCCUCCUCCAGUGUACUUCCCAGAGAAGGAGGAGUAUCUGCAGGCGUUAGGGGUGGUGACACCAUGGCAUUAAGGAGGACAACAGGUGGGCAGAGGGUAGAUGAUAAAGAUAAGAAUCGGAUAUCCAUGUCCAACCCUGAUAUCACAUCAGAAACAAUGACACUCUUGAGCUUCCUAAAAUCUGACCUGUCAGAGCUCAGGGUGCGGAAAACAAGUGAGGGGGACAGAUCCGGGGCUGUGGAGGGGUCAUCAGUGUACAGGAUGGGCUCACGGAGUCAUGGUGGGACCCUCCUGCCUUCUGGUCGACGUCCGUCACUGAAAGACUUGACUGCCACACUGCGGCGUGCAAAAUCCUUCACUUAUUCAGACAAACCCACAACAGCUGUGAGGUGUUACUUAACAGCUGGCCCCACCAAGAGAAGUUCCUCUGAGCAACAGCUUGACUUGGAUGGAGAGAGGGAUGGAGGGAGGGUGUCUGUGUCAGACAGGGAAGUAGAAAGUGAUGGAGGUGACUCUAGGGUCAGAAGAGGACAAAGGGUGAGGGGUUAUGGCUAUGAUGAUGAUGAGGUGAUGCCAACUCCACUACAGGAGAGGUAUGUGCAGGAAGCCAGGCAGGUUAUUCGAGAUAUCUGCCAGAUGAGCACUAGAGAAGAUGAUGAUGAUGAUGUUGAUAUAAGGAGAACUGUGGAUGACUUGGAGAAUGAAUGUUUCCAGGUCAAGAAAACAAAUGAGGAGAGGGAGAAAGCAGGAGUGAGAGUUAAGGAUGAGGUAAAGACAGAUCAAGAGGCUGAGUUUAAGAACACAAAGGAUAGGGAUAAACAUGAGAAGGAGAGAGAGAACAGAGAGAGGGAGAGGAGCGAGAGGGAUGGACAAAGUAUGCAGCUGGAGAAGCUAAACAGCAGGGGCACAGAGUACAGGGAGAACGCAAAGAGGCAGAGCAGAGAGACUGAGAGAGCCUUACUGAAGGGUGACUCGGAGGAAAGCAUGUUCUACGACCGCUCUGUGGAUGAACUUUCAGGCCAUGAGUCUAGCUUAACAGAUGAAGGGAUUGUGACAGAGCCAGAGACUGGCCCCAGUGACCCCUCCGAAAGGUCCUUUUUGGGGUCAGCAGGGGUUAAUUUGGGGUCACGAAUUGCUAGGGAUGUGCUAGGGCAGCCUGUCACCGUAUGGAAGCAAUCGGCUCUCCAUGAGGUGGAAGGGUUUAAGCAGGAAAGAGAGGAGAUGACAGAGAACAGCAUGAGUUGUACAAAUCGUCUGAAUGAAGCCAGCGUACCUCCCUCCUUGCCUCACGCUGCCUGUAUGGCUGAGAGUGACAGCAUUAUCAUGGACUUGAGUACCACCGCUGGUAUGAACAAUGUCAACACUACCAAUGAGGAGAUCAACACCAACAAUGCUGUGUCUCAGGGGUCAACUGGCACUGCAGGAGGAGCUGAAGCCCCUGCGACCCCCAGUGCUAUCCGUCGAAGGCGCAAGUUCUCUCCCUCUGGUAAUAACAACACAGGCUCUGAUUCCAGUAAUGGCAGUAAUGCAGAGUCAACAAUGGCAGCUGUUGGAAAUGGGGAGUCUACAGUCUACCGCUCUCUCAGUGACCCCAUGCCUCAGCGGCGGUGUUCUGUAGCAGAGGAAGGGAACAACAAUUUUUCCUCUGUGGACAGCAACUUGUUAGGAUCUCUAUCUGUCAAAGGAGGAGGAGGAGGUGCCCCAGAGUCCUCUGCUGUGGCCACCUUGUCAGAAUACAAAGGUAGUGUGGCCAGUGACUUGUCAGUAUACAGUGAUGGUGGACUCCGUGAUGAUGCUGUUAGUGACUACAGUGGGGUGAUCAGGAGCAUUGUAGCUGAGCCAGGUGCAAUGGACAGACUGAUGACUGAUGACCAUGGCAACGGCAAAGCUCCCAAGAAGAAAUCAUUCAGUGACCCCAGUCGCCGUAGUGAUGCCCCUUUACUUUCCCAGAAUGACCCUCAGUUUAAAGGUCAGUCCGGCAGCGCUGAGCCAAUCAGUGAGCUGGAUCAGCUUGGCCAGAUCCCACCUUCCAGCAGUGAACCAAUCCUGAGCGAGCAGAGAGAGGAACUUUGGAAGGUGGAAAGUCAGCCGAAACAUGCAUUGCCGACACAGCCAGAUCACUAUCACUAUGGAAACAGCAAUACUAAAGUCAAGAAGCCUCGCUCCAAAUCAGAAUGCACCCCUAACUCUGAUAAUCAUGAUGAUGAUGAUGUAAUAGACCAAGGUGGAGAACAGAAAGACGAAGAGGUGAACAAGUUUAACUUUGACCUUAAGCUCGCUGAGGUUCUGUCCCCCAGAAUGGUUCGUCGACCCUCCAGAAAGCGUCCAAAUAGGUUGGCUCAGUUUUCCCCUCUUGAGGACCCAUUUGAACCCCCAGAACCAGGUUCAGACAAGCAAGGGGAUCACAGGGUGUCAACUGACCUCACACCUCCUCUUCCUCCUCUCCAAUCCCCAUCCAAACCCAAACCCAGAUCCAAGCAUGUCCGCCAUGCCAGCGAACCUGCCACCUUUAUACCCAUCUCCCCACCUCCACAACUACAGCCACUGAAGGAAGGAGACUGCCUCGCGAUCCAACCCUCAGCAGAUCCUCCAUGUAAGACUCCAGCAGACGAGGCCCCAUCUCUAGAGGAUGUGACUCAGAAAUAUAUUCUGGAACGGAGCGCCCUUGAGAGAGACACUGAGGGCCCAGGGCCUCUGCCAGGUACCAGGGAUGGAACUGAGGGUUCAGUGUUGGAGGGACCCAGCGAGACUGGCACCAGUGGAAUUACAGAAGCUGGGCCUCAAAAGAAGGGUACAGAGGAUAUUCCAUCAACGCCUAUCCCGCAGAGGACCAAGCCUAGAGUGGACAUGAGGAGACAUGUGAUGAUGACACUCCUGGAUACAGAACAGUCAUAUGUGGAGUCACUACGCACUCUCAUACAGGGCUACAUGCGUCCUCUCAAACAGCCGGACAGCGGCUCCAUAGUGGACCCACUGCUGGUGGACGAGAUGUUCUAUCAGAUCCCUGAGAUCCUGGAGCACCACGAGCACUUCCUGGAGCAGGUUGCUGGCUGCGUCAGCCAAUGGCACGACCGGCAGACCGUUGGACACCUCCUCAUCCAAUCGUUCUCCAAAGAGACUCUUGCCAAUAUGUAUUCAGCGUACAUUGACAACUUUCUCAACGCCAAAGAUGCUGUGAGGAUUGCCAAGGAGGCCAAACCAGCGUUUCACAAGUUUCUGGAGCAAAACAUGCGUGAGAACAAGGAGAAGCAGGCUCUGGGUGAUCUGAUGAUUAAGCCGGUUCAGAGGAUCCCUCGAUAUGAGCUGCUGGUUAAGGACCUGCUCAAGCACACUCAAGAGGACCACCCGGACCACUCCUUCCUGCUGGACGCCCAGAGGGACAUCAAACGACUGGCUGAGAAGAUCAAUAAGGGCCGUCGCUCCGCUGAGGAGGCGGAGAGGGAGGCGAGAGUCAUCCAGGAGAUCGAGGCGCAUAUAGAGGGUGUCGAACAUAUUCUGAACCCCCAGAGGAAGUUUCUGAGACAGGAAAUUGUCAUGGAGGCGAAGACAGUGGGCGGGAAGAAGGACCGUUCUCUCUUCCUCUUCAGUGAUCUAAUCAUCUGCACCACUCUCAAGAGGAAGUCUGGCUCGUUAAGACGCAGCUCCAUGAGCCUAUACUCUGCUGCGAGUGUGAUUGAUACGUCCAGUAAAUACAAGUUCCUGUGGAAGCUUCCUCUAGAGGACGUGGAGGUGGUGAAAAGCUCCGCUCAGGCAACAAACAAGGAGAGCAUCCAGAAGAUGAUUAGCCGAUUAGACGAGGAUCUUAGUACACUGGGUCAGAUCAGCAAACUGUCUGAAACCAUCAGCUUCCCACACCAGUCCCUAGAUGAGGCGAUAAAGGAUCUGAUGGCCUCGGUGCACAGGGAGCUGUCAGAGAAACAGUCUUUGGCCUUCAGUAUGACCUUCCUGCCCACCAAGCUGGAGUUUACCACAGUCUCCGCUGAGAACACCUUCAUCUUUGAGUUCACCUCACCUGACGCUCGCUCCAACUUUGAACAGGCCUUUGAGGAAGCCAAGAAGAAGCUAGCUAUGAAUAAGGACCAGUGGGACCCUGAGUUCCUGAAGGCCAUUCCCAUUAUGAAGACACGUAGUGGAAUGCAGUUUUCAUGUGCCUCUCCCAGUCACAGCUGCCCUGACAGUGGCUGUGAGGUGUGGGUGUGUAACAGUGAUGGAUAUGUGGGACAGGUGUGUCUGUUGAACAUCAAAGAUGAGCCCACAGUGGAGGCCUGUAUCGCUGUCUGCUCAGCGAGGAUCAUCUGUAUUGCUGCUGUACCAGGACUGAAGGGGAGGGAGCGUGGAUCCGAGUCUGCCCCUCCCCCCGCAGCACCUGGCCACACCCAGCAGCAGCUGCAUAUAUCUAUCUCUCACUCAUCGCUAGAGCUGACGGAGCAACCCACAGGACCAGGGGCGGAGCUUGUCCCAUUUGACAGCGAUGACACUGAUGAUGAGGAUUCACCCAGCCCUUCUUCUACCCUACAGAGUCAGGCCAGUCACUCCACCAUAUCAUCCAGCUAUGGCAAUGACGAGGCUCCAGGCUCCAAAGACAUGGCUACAGAGACCACCAGCAGUGAGGAGGAACAGGAGUUCCCGGUGGCAAGUUCCUAUGGAGCUCCGGGGAUGUUAGGGGUUGGUGGAGGAGGCCGUGCUCACACAGAGAGCCCCAUGGACGGCCGCGCCAUGCGCCGCUCCUCCCGGGGCUCGUUUACCAGAGCAAGCCUGGAGGACCUGCUCAGCAUCGACCCAGAGGCCUACCAGAGCUCCGUGUGGCUCGGCACAGAAGAUGGAUGCAUCCACGUUUACCAGUCCUCAGACAACAUCCGCAACCGUAAAAACAGCAUGAAGAUACAACACUCAGCUUCCAUCCUAUGUAUACUGUAUUUGGACAACAAAGUGUUUGUGUCGUUGGCCAAUGGAGAGGUGAUAGUCUAUCAGAGAGAAGCAGGAAGUUUCUGGGACCCUCAGUCUUCUCAGACAUUAGUUCUGGGCACACCCAGCAGUCCUGUCACCAAAAUGGUUCCUGUGGGAGGGAAGCUUUGGUGUGGCUCACAGAACAGAAUCCUAAUUAUCAACACAACUACACUGGUACAAGAGCACUGGUUCCAGGUGGGCACAGACAGCAGCCGGUGCGUGACGUGCAUGGUGGCGUACGGUCAGGGUGUGUGGUUGGCGUUGCAGGGCAGUGCGCAUGUCAAAUUGUACCACGCUCAAACCUGGGAGAGCCUGACAGAGGUGGAUGUGGCACCGGCUGUGCACAAGAUGCUUGCAGGUGCAGAUGCGAUCAUCAGACAGCACAAGGCUGCCUGUCUGAGAAUCACAGCUCUGCUGGCCUGUAAAGAUCUGCUGUGGAUCGGCACCAGUGCAGGGGUGGUCCUCACACUGGCGAUCCCGGCAGUGACCUCAGGAACUGGAGCUGGCACACUGAAAUCCCCCCUGGUGCCAAUGGGCUCUGCUCACGGACACACGGGCCACGUUCGGUUCCUCACGUCAAUCGAACUACCGGAAGGUUUUGACAUGAACUUCCCUCCUCCUACACCUGACUCCACAGGCAACCAGUCCCAGAGCAGCAGCACAGUUGACGGGAGCCUCCAAAGGCGUGACUCCGCUCGCCGCAGAGCCUCCGCCCACCUCCCUCCAAAAAACAAUCAUCUAGUCAUAUCCGGCGGCGAUGGCUAUGAGGACUUCAGACUGACCAAUAGCAGUGAAACAGUCGGACGGGACGACAGUACCAACCAUCUUUUGCUUUGGAGGGUCUGAGACAAUCGUCCCCAGUUUGAACAACCUGACGCAACCUCCCUCUUGCUGAGAACAGUGCAUAAGUCCUGUAAUUUCCCCCCAAUCGGACAGUUUUUGGUGUUGUUUUAGUCUUCUGCUCGGUCCACCAGUCUCUAUGUGCAUAUGGCUGUCAACUCCCUCUUGGACUUACUAAUGAAUAUGAUCACUUCGGACCCAGUUUUCUUGUGUUAAUGUUCCUGGUGGCGUGCGUUGUUCCACACUGAGUGGUGUUAGUGCGUGUGUGUUUUUGCUUUUUUGGCAUUGGAUGUAUUCUACGUUUGGUCAUUACACUCAAGCCCUCACUGAAAGAGACAGAAGAAGACAGAGAAGGGAAAAAAUGUAUUGAGCACAUCCUCAAGCUUGACAGAUGGACGUGAGGUGAGAACAAGUGAAGAAAAGAUGGACGGAAGAGGAUUUGGACUCUGCAGGAUGCCAUUGCACAGGAAGUUGAAAGACAUUUAAGUGAAAUGAGACAUGAGUAAAGCAUGUUUCUCUGUUUUUGUUUUUGUUUUUUUGGACUUGGACAUCAACCCUUUACUGCCUCAUCACUUCAUCUUAACCUGAACUGAAAACAAAAAGCCUCCAGCUAAUCACAUGUCAUAACAAAAUAUAUCUAAUGAAUGGAAAUUAAGUGAAACAUACCAACACAGACUGAAGUUUGAUGGAUUUCUGAAUUUGGAAUUUGUGUUGAUUUUAAGCUUAGCAGAAAGAUUCAGUUAACGUCUACAAGCUUUUAAAGGAGUAAAAGAGGAACUGGUUUGGCUCCUUAAACCUGAUUGGCCAGCCACAUGCCUGGGUAACAAACCCUAAUGGCAGAUCUGAGAUCAGACCUUUCUGGGCAAAGUAGGGAUGUAAAAACAUCGACUCUUCAAUCAGUGCUUAUAGAUGCAAGACUGCUAAAAUCAUCCUUUCCCUUGAUCACGUAGAAAGAGAGUGAAUAUGAUUUAAGUGCAAUAUGUGGCAAGGCUAUCUAACAAGACUAUAAACACAUGGAUACACUCACACACAUUCAUUUCACAACCUUUCAUUCGAUAAAUCAGUAGUCAUUUGUGAAAAACAUAUCCUAUGUGUUUUUUCCACAGAUAAUCAUGUCAUAUCUGUUUUUCUUAUUUAAUUUUUUCAGCCAGUUUUAAGAUGACACAAUCGUAGAUGAUGCAUUGUCCCAUUGUCUGGUAGGAAAAAAGUGCAUUGGAGACAUUCCUCCUUAACAUGACUAUGCCAAAGCUUUUUAUGUGUUAAAGUUUUUGACAUUAAGGGAUCUGAAAGGAUUUCUUUUGCCAUGGAAUUUCAAUUUGUUGAGCGUUCCUCUAGUCAGGAAGGAAAUCAGGACGGAUGUUGCUGAUUUCUAUAGCAGGCUCUGUUAACUCCGAUGGUUAUGUACAGUAUUUAUGGUUUUUGAUUUUAGCGCCUUCUUUUACAGCACUUAAUUUAUAGAAGAUGUAGCUUUCACUUUUUUUUUUUUUGAGUUGAAGAACAAGGAGGCCUCUGCUUGAUUACCAGAAUAGAUAGAUAGGCGUUGUUGGGCUCAGGCAAACAGAAACUAGGGGAAUAAUGAUACAGUCCACUCAUGGUAAGAUUUGCUUGAUAUUUCAAUAAUUUUUCAACUCCACAAUGCAUAUUGUAGCAUUUUUGACAAGUAAAAGUAUCGUUUCGCCACUAAUGCACUAACACAUACACACAAACACCGAUUUCAAUAUUGAUUGUCGUUGGAAACAAGACAGAUGUGUGUUUGUGAGGAAAAGGAGUGCACAAGAUACAGAGUAGGUCAGAAGGACAAAUGUUGAGCACCUGCAUGUGCCUUCAGAAGGCUAAAAGUUAAGCCAUUUUACACACACACACACACAAGCACACACACAUACAGUGAAAAGUCAGCUCUCCAUCUGUCCUACAGCAGAUGUCUGUGGAAGUGAAGGAUGACUCUGACUUGUCCUUGCGCACACCUUAGCCUCAGUCUUUGGGGUUAAGCGGUGAUUGUUUUUGAUCCCUUCAAGCCUAGAAAGCCUCACUCCACCUUGCCAGCCAUCUGGGCACUUCACCUCAGCUUUCCCACAUCUUAACGCAUCAACAUUCGGUUAACUCUUCCACUGUGAGAAGGGCUAACAGUUAAGAGGAUUAGCUUGCCGUUAUGAUAGCCGCUUACUAGCUAAGUGAGCUUUUUGCCUCUGUAAAAUGGAAAGGCCCGUGUGUGCGAGCCCUCCGCAAGUGCUCUGUUAUUUGGAGCUUGUUUGUGAUUUUCUGCCAACAAUUGAAGCGAAAUUCCAGUUAGCUUUUGGUAGCCUGUGAAGAGUACAAUGGGGGAAAGUUCGGAAGUUUUAACAAACGUUAUAGGAAUAGUUUGACAUUUUGGGAAAUAUGCUUGUCGAGUGUUAAAUGAGAAGAUUGAUACAACUCUCUUGUCAGUACAGUAAAUAUCAAGCUACAGCUAGAAACAAAUUAGCUUAGCUUAGCAUAAAGACUGGAAAUGGGGAAACAGCAAGCCUGCUCUGUCUAAAGGUAACCAACUCUGCCUAGUAGCACCUCUAAAAUCACUAUUUAACAUGUUGCAUCUCGUUUGCUUAAUUCACACAGAAACAGAAGUGUUGAAAUGACAUGUUAAUUUAGACAGACAGAGAGUGGUAUCCAUUUUUUCAUUUAACUCUCAGAAGGAAAGCUUCUGAGACAUUUAAUUUCUCAAUAUGUCAAAUUAUUCCUUUAAUGUUUUCUAACAUAAACUUAGCUGACAUGUUCUGAUGUGUUUGUUUUUUUAUGUUCUGUAUGAUUCACAACAACUCUUACAUUAUGUUCUCAGUGCCAAAAGCUGUCAGUCCACCCUAUGAAAAUGCUGUAUACCCAUGCUGGCUGUAGGGCCUGAGGGAGUGAAUGCCCUGCCGAAUGGAAAUAGUCUGUUUUCUGUGAACAAUGAAAGAAAAAAUUGUGGGUGUUUAGAGCAACAUCUGUGUGCAAUCUGUGCUUGUACCUGCACUUUUGGAGCAGUGUUUCUCAAACUGUGAGGGUCAUGACCUCUCAAUGGUCAAUAAUGUGUUUUCUGGGUGUCACAAAAUUUCUUUGUGUCCUAGGCUGAAAACAGUAUGACAAGUAUGUUUGAUGACCCAUACUCAUGUUUUCCUACAACAAAUCACUAACAUAGUUUGAAUAAAUAACUCUCAAUUCAGCUGAUUCAGGAAGUUUAGUAGAUUUUCUUUAAAAUCAGAAAAAAUAUUUGCCUUAAGAAUAUAUUUUUACAUUUCUGGUGUUGAAUCCAGUGAAAUUAAACUGACUCCUCAUUUUAUACACACAUACACGCUCUUAGAUAUGAAGUAAAACUGAUCCCCAUGCUCAUUUGACUAUUUGAUCGAGAGAAAUAAGCAUGUUGUGUGCCAGUUAAAGGAACAGAAGAUUUAUACUUCACUCUCACCAUCACAUGAAACUCAUUCUAUCAUCACUGUAACUCUAAGCAACUUGUAACUAACCUCCUCAUGCCCAUAUGUGGACGAAGUCUUUAUUGUUGUAAAUAUUGGUAUAUAUUGCCUUUUUUCUGUAAAUAGUGCACCCACGGCCCUCAAUUGUUGAUAUGAAUCUAAUGGCAUAUUUUUAUAUAUUUGUGUAAGGUUUGUUUGUAUUUUUUUUUCUCCUUCUGGCAUGCGCUGUCAGUCACAUUUAAAUUAUAACUGUCAUCUUUCCAAAAGGAGACAAGAUGGCCUCUGUUGUCACCAGAGCGACUGAAUAGAUAGCUGGCUGUUUUCACCGGUAGCCAUGUUGGCUCCAAAACUUUAUGUUUGCCUUGUUGCGGAUGUCUACGAGAGGGAAAACAACGUGGCAGACCCACAUGCUGCCACCUGGUCAUAACUCUGUUUAUCUCCGGGUCUGGUUGACAUCCUGCUCAGUUGUCACAGUUUCAGUCUGAGAGUUACUUCCUGUAUGUAGCUGUUCUUGUUUUGUCACUGUGGGUUCCUCUUUGUAAUUAAAUCAGUUCACUGGUGUCA